GGUCAGUCCCAGUGUCGCCCUGGCCGGCGCCGGCAGGGGCAGAGCCAAGGUUGGCCCCUCCGCCGCCAGGGCUAAUGCGUGGUGCCGGAUUCAAGGUGACGGCAGUGCCUGGCUCCAUUCUCCUCAAGUUGCCAUAGCAGCCUCUCUCUCUCUCAAUGAGAGCUUCUCCUGGAGCCCUCAGCUGGGAGGGAGGGACGUCAUUGUUCGCUCCUGCCCGUUCCAGGAGGAGACCGACUGGACAGAGAACUUUCCCCGCCCGGGGUCUGCCCACCAAGUGGGUGCGCCCACGGGCAUGUGCUCGGGUGCCUCUUGCUGCUUCCUCUGGGGUGUGGGUGGGUCCCCACAGCCAGAAGCGGGCCUCUGGGUGACCGGGGACGUAUCCAGGCCUCGUAGCAGCCACAGCCAGGCGUGUCCUUGGAGCCGUCCGCUUGCCGCCUGCCGGGCCAUCGCCACUGGAGACUGUGGCCUGAUGGACACCUGGUGUAGACAAUGAGGGAAGAACUCACCUCCCACACCCAAGAGGUGACCCCGGAGCAAGGCCCAGAUGACCCCACGUGCCGGAACGAUGCGGCUGGCCUGCAUGUUUUCCUCCAUCCUGCUGUUCGGAGCCGCGGGCCUCCUCCUCUUCAUCAGCCUGCAGGACUCCACGGAGCUCACCCCCCAGCAGGUGCCAGGAGUAAAGUUCAACAUCAGGCUACAGCGGCCGCGCGACGACUUCCCGCCAGGUGGUUCCCAGGAUGGAGUUUUUAAGGCGCCCACCGAGAGGGUGGCCAGAGAUGCGUCCAGCCGGGCGCCCAGAGGCCUCCGCCUGCUGGUGCCUGACCCCCCUCCAGGCCACCCCAACACGGGGGCCCGCCUGCGGCCCCGGCAGCGCCGCCGCCGGCUGCUCAUCAAGAAAAUGCCCUCCGCUGCGGCCACCCCUGUCCCUGCCAACAGCUCCACGGGCUCCGCCGCCCCGGACGGCCACUGGGCCCGCCUGCAGCAACGGCAGCGGGAGCGCAAGCGGGCGGUGGGCGAGGCGUGCGCCAAGUUCCGCGCCGCCGGCAGCCGCAGGCCCGUCACGCCGCGCCACGUGUCCCGCAUCUUCGUGGAGGACCGCCACCGCGUGCUGUACUGCGAGGUGCCCAAGGCCGGCUGCUCCAACUGGAAGCGGGUGCUCAUGGUGCUGGCCGGGCUGGCCGCGUCCCCCGCCGGCCUGCAGCACGACGCCGUGCACUACGGCGGUGCGCUCAAGCGGCUGGACGCCUUCGACCGCCCGGGCAUCCUGCACCGCCUGCGCACCUACACCAAGAUGCUCUUCGUCCGCGAGCCCUUCGAGCGGCUCGUCUCCGCCUUCCGCGACAAGUUCGAGCACCCCAACAGCUACUACCACCCGGUCUUCGGCAAGGCCAUCCUGGCCCGCUACCGCGCCAACGCCUCCGGGGAGGCCCUGCGGACGGGCGCCGGCGUGCGCUUCCCCGAGUUCGUCCAGUACCUGCUGGACGUGCACCGGCCCGUGGGCAUGGACAUCCACUGGGACCACGUCAGCAGGCUCUGUAGCCCCUGCCUCAUCGACUACGACUUCGUGGGCAAGUUCGAGAGCCUGGAGGACGAUGCCAACUUCUUCCUGAGCCUCAUCCACGCGCCGCGCAACCUGACCUUCCCGCGCUUCAAGGACCGGCACGCGCAGGAGGCGCGGACCACGGCCGGCAUCACCCGCCGCUACUUCGCGCAGCUCUCGGCGCCGCAGCGGCAGCGCGCCUACGACUUCUACUACAUGGACUACCUGAUGUUCAACUACUCCAAGCCCUUCGCCGACCUGUACUGAGGGCUGGCGGCUGCCCAGGGGCGCCCUGUCCGAGGGGCACGGUUCCAGAGCCAGGACCCGGGACGUACCCAGAACACAACUGGGCUCCGAGGCCGUGAGGAGCUGUGGCCGCUGCAGGCCCCGGUGGGCCUCAGGCCUUGGGUGGGGACCCUGGCCCACGUCUCAUAGCCACUCCCUUCCCUCUUGGCUGAGGGAGAUGUGGAGGGAGGGGUGUGAGCGGGACACCCAGGAGUCCCAGCUGCCCAUGCCCAGCUCAGCCCAGUGGCAGGAUGGCCAGGAAGCCUGAGGCCCGAGGAGGAGGGCCCGGUGGUGAGGGGUCUCCCGCAGUCCCUCCGCCAUUGCCUUGUACCAGACCACAUGGUUUGCAGCUUUUCUAUGACCCUGGAGGAGGUUCCGAAUAAAGCACACGGUUUCCAGA